GACACGGUGGUCAAAAUGGAAAAAUCGACAAAACCAAGUGCCUGGGUCCAGGAGGAGCUUCACACAUUCUGAGGUAGGGGAAAAACUUGUUCAGUUAAGGAAUGAGUUGGAUAAAAUUAGCAUGAUUAUGAAGGCUCAGGGAGAAUGUUGUAAUCAGUUACUCAGUGAUUCCACCAGGACAAUUGAGAUGGAGGAGGAAGAACAACCUCCCCACUUUCAGAAUGAGGAACUUGUUGGUGAGGGCAGAAGAGCAAUACCUCAGAAACCAGCAACUUCAGUAUACAAUACCGUUAAAAGUAGAGGAAGAUGAUGACGAAAAUGAUGACCACUUUAAGGAUCAAUUGAAUUCCAUGAGGACAAUGGAGAUUGCAAUAGAUCAACAUCUUCACUUUCAGAAUGAGGGGGAUUCAGCGAGAACAAUGGAGGACGAAGAGGAACGCCCUGUUCACGUUGACAAUGAAAAAUAUUCAGAAAGUUAUUUUGCGUUGAGGAGAGAACAGCAACUGCUCCGAUUCCAAGAAUGCGGGGUGCAUAUCAUGCCGCCUGUAAUAGAAGAAGAUGAAGAUGAAGAUGAAGACGAACACGGAGAUGAUGCCAACUUUCAGGAUCAGCUGAAUUCAGUGAGGACAAUAGAGAUGGAAAAGGAACAACCUCCUCACUUUCGGAAUGAGGGGAGUUCAGUGAGGAAUUUGAAGGUGAGGGCGUGAUGAGCACUCCCUCAGAUUCCAACAAAGAGAAAUGCCGAUAAUAAUGGAAGAAGACGAACAAGAUGCACAUCCUCAGGAUGAGGUGGAUCCUAUGAAGAUUAAGAUGGAGAGCUUGCCUUUGAUUAUUACGGAAGAGAUAGAAGGCCAUCAGGCAACCAUGGAGUCCCCUGUCGAGAUGAGGGGACGAAGGGAAGCUAUAUUGCAGCUUCCAAACCUACGGUCGAAAAGAAGAAGGAACUUCCACUGAAGAUGGGAGUGGGUAUGGCACAACCCCCAAAUCUCAAGGCAAGGACAGCCAAGGCCGUGUCUCAGAGCAGCACGUACCACAG